AUGGGUGAUCCGGGUCCAAAUACCAUUCCAACAACGCGGCCUUGCAGGAUAGCCAACUGUUCGGGUGCCCGGGGUGAUCCAGGAUAUCAGAUGCGGCGCCAGGCGACGUUGGGUCCAGUCGAUUUCAUUACCGGUGACUACCUCGCUGAGAUGAACUUGGCUGAAAACACGGAGAAGAUGGCACUGGGACAACAUGACGGCUGGGAACCCACGGCAUGGGAUGGCCUUGAACAGACUCUCGAUGUGAUCAAGGACAAAGGUAUCAAGAUUAUCAUCAACGGUGGGGCGUUGAAUCCCAGGGGACUUGCGCAGAAGACCCAAAGGUUUGUGAACGAGAAAGGGCUCGAUUUGAAAGUCGCGUACGUCUCCGGCGAUGAUCUGAAGGAGGAGGUGAAGAGCAAUCUUGAGAAGACGGGAAAGCUGCCCCAGCAUUUGGAUGGAGAGAAUGACCAAGUCACAUUGGCGGAGAACGCGGCUGCUUUGUUAGACACCAAAGGGAAACCUAUUGUCAGUGCCCAUGCCUACUUGGGAGCAAGAGCUAUUGUCAAAGGACUGGAACUUGGUGCCGACGUGAUUAUCUGUGGAAGAGUGGCAGACGCAAGUCCUGUCAUAGGAGCUGCCUGGUACUGGCAUAAAUGGACCGACACGGAUUAUGACAGGUUAGCUGGAGCUCUGAUUGCCGGACACUUGAUCGAGUGCUCUGCUUAUGUCACGGGGUCGAAUUUCUCGGGCUUUGAUGAGUAUCCGUUGAACACUUUUGUCGACUUGUCGUAUGGUAUUGCUGAGAUCGCCGAUGACGGGACUUCGGUCGUUACCAAGCAUGACGAGACCAACGGCUUGGUGAAUGAGGACAACGUCAAGUGUCAAUUCCUGUACGAGCUUCAGGGUGGCAUUUACUUGAAUUCCGACGUCUCUGCAGACACAACCGGCGUCGAGAUCGAGCAAGUGGGCAAGAACCGAGUCAAGUUAUCAAACAUCAAAGGAUACCCACCUCCUCCCACAACCAAGUUGGCUAUCUUCUAUCAUGGAGGGUACGAGGCACAAUUUCUUGUCAAUGCCACCGGAUAUGCCACGGCCGAGAAAUGGCGUCUAUUUGAGGCUCAACUGCGAUAUGCUCUUGAGCAAAAGGAUCUGGCGGACAAGUUCCAAAUGCUGGAUUUCCAAGUAUUGGGGACCCCGGAGGCAAAUCCAGGAUCUCAGUUCGCCAGCACCACAUACUGCCGAGUUUUUGUGCAGGCCGAUGCAGAAGCUCCUAUAUACGGGUUGCUGAAAUCCUGGAGUGAGAUUGGCAUGCAGCAUUUCUCUGGCUUUCAUCUUUCUCUGGAUUUGAGAACGGCACUCCCAAAAUCAUAUUUAGCCUUCUAUCCGGCUUUGUACCCGCAGGAUAAUCUAAAGGAAAGGGUUGCCAUUCUGUCGACCAAUGGAGAAGACGCACAAAGUGCAGAUUCAGGCCAUCCUUCUCAGUAUCAAAAGCUGGCCCCCAGAGAGAAUUAUGAAACAGCCCAUCCCGUGGACAUGACUUCAUUUGGACCAUCACGACCAGCUCGGCUCGGUGAUAUCUGUCUGGCACGAUCGGGCGACAAGGGAGCCAACAUCAACUUCGGGCUUUUUGUACGACGAGGAGAACAUUAUCCAUGGCUGCAGACAUUCAUGACACGUUCAAAGCUGCAAGAACUCAUGGGUAAGGAUUGGCAAGACGAUUUCUUCAUUGAACGAAUGGAAUUUCCUAACAUCUGGGCUGUCCACUUUGUGAUUUAUGGGCCUCUUGGAAGAGGCGUGAGUAGCUGCCGGUUGCUUGACUCCCUUGGCAAAGGCUUCGCGGAUUAUAUCCGAGACAAAGUAGUGGAUGUGCCAGAGAAGUUUUUGGCAGACGUAGAGCAGGUGAAGCAGCAAAGGAGGGCCAUGCUAUGA